AUGGGACACCACAACCGCCACUUCGCCGGCGAUCCCACGGCGCUGAGCGGUGCCUAUGGACCGCCAACCAGCACGGCGAAUUUCUGCGAAGAAGACUAUGUCGUCACUCGCUAUCUUGCCGAGUUUAUCAAUGCGCUGACGAAUCUCGCCUAUGUAUACUUUGCCCUCCGCUACAUGUACGGCCCGGGCAGCCGGGGUCUGCUGUCACCCAGGUGGGACUUCAUGUCGGCGUCGCUGCUGGUGCUGGGCGGGUGCAGCUUCCUGUUCCACGCGACGCUACGGCACUACAUGCAGUUCGCCGACGAGCUGUCGAUGCUGGGCGUGACGUGGUCGGUGCUGCAGGGCACCAUGCCGGUGCGGCACUCGCCGACCAACGCGCGGCUCAUCUCGGCCGGCCUGGCCCUCUUCAACCCGCUCUUCUCGGCCUUUUACGUCUGGACUGGCGAGAUCAUCUACCACUACACGGCCUUCGGCGCCAUGAUCGUCCUCAUCACCCUGCGCGGCAUCUACCUGUUCUACUACCUGGAGCCGGCCUUCCCCGAGGCCAAGCGCCGCUCGUGGCGGUUCAGGGGGUGGCGCGCCCUGUUCGCUUUCGUCUUUGGCUACGUCCUCUGGAACAUCGACCUUGAGUUCUGCGCCGAGCUUAGGGACCUCAGGGAGCACGUCGGCCUGCCCUGGGCCUGGCUGCUGGAGCUGCACGGGUGGUGGCACGUGCUGACCGCCAUCGGCGCCAGCCAGUUCAUGGACAUUGUCAGGGAGAUGCACCAGGAGCUGAGCAGCGAGAAGGAGGAAUAG